CCAAUGGAUCGCCUUCUCUGUUUAAAUAGACUUGCGGUGUCAAUCAUUUUCUUCUUCGUCAGCCUCCCUUCCACCGCCAUAUUGGGCAACUAAAAAAAGGGGGCUCGUCUUUUCGGGGUGUUUUUCUUGCCUUGCCCUCUCCCCACUUUCUCGUCGCUCCGCGAUUCUGACGCCGGCAAGGUUUGGAGAGCCGCUGGGUUCGCGGGAGCCGCGGGCUAGCACCCGCCUGGACUUGGACUGGCCCGGCCACCCCCUCCUCUCUCCUCUCCCCUCCCCUCCCCGCCCUCCGCUCGCUAGUCCACUGGAUCCGCGGAGACUUUGGGCUGCCUGGUCCGGGGCUUCCCCUCGCCCCCUCCCCCAGACCCUGCGCGCUCCUGACGCUCGGGCAGUUAAUCGCUGCUGUUUGUUUCUCUUGGCUCCGCGGGCAAUCGCUGGGCUUAUAAGAGGAGUGCGGGCUGGUUCGGGGCGUUUUGUUUUGUUCGGUUUUGUUUUCGGCGAGCGCAAGAGAGGCGGUCGUAAAGACCUGGGAGGAAGAUGUCAAACGUGCGAGUGUCUAACGGGAGCCCGAGCCUGGAGCGGAUGGACGCCAGACAGGCGGAGUAUCCCAAGCCCUCCGCUUGCCGAAACCUCUUCGGCCCGGUGAAUCACGAAGAGUUAACCCGGGACCUGGAGAAACACUGCCGAGACAUGGAAGAGGAGAGCCAGCGCAAGUGGAAUUUUGAUUUUCAGAAUCACAAGCCCCUCGAGGGCAGAUACGAGUGGCAAGAGGUGGAAAAGGGCAGCUUGCCCGAGUUCUACUCCAGACCCCCGCGGCCCCCCAAAGGUGCCUGCAAGGUGCCAGCGCAGGAGAGCCAAGAUGUCAACGGGAACCGCCAGGCGGUACCUUUAAUUGGGUCUCAGGCCAAUUCAGAGGACUCUCAUUUGGUAGACCCAAAGACUGAUGCAUCGGACAGCCAGACGGGCUUAGCGGAGCAGUGCACCGGGAUGAGGAAGCGACCUGCAACGGAAGAUGCCUCUCCUCAAAACAAAAGAGCCAGCAGAACAGAAGAAAAUGUUUCAGACGGUUCCCCCAACGCGGGCUCAGCGGAGCAGACGCCCAAGAAGCCCAGCCUCAGAAGACGUCAAACGUAAAUUACUAGAAUGUCUCCUUGUUUAUCAGCUACAUGGCUACAAGGAUUAUGAAGCAAGGAAGAUACACAUUAAAAAAAUUAAAUACAUAUCGCUGACUCCAUUGAAUGGACAUCCUGUCUAAGCACUGAAAAGCAACAAUACCAUAACACUAAAAUUUUAGGCACUCUUAAAUGAUCUGCCUCUAAAAGCAUUGGAUGUAGCAUCGUGCAAUUAGGUUUUCCUUAUUUGCUUCAUUGUACUACCUGUGUAUAUAGUUUUUACAUUUUAUGUAGCACAUAAACUUUGGGGAAGGGAGGGCUGGGUGGGGCCGAGGAAUUGGCAUGGGAGGGGUAUGAAGUACUUGCUUCGUUUAUAGCAAGGAGAAAAAAUACUGGACUUGCGUGAAGAGGAGCAGUUUGGGGAAGGGUUUGAGUUAUUUUCUUUAAAGAUGUAAUGUCCCUUUCCAUGAGAGUUGAUACAGCAUUUAAAAAUCAUUCAAGUUUGAAUCCUGGCUACAAAUAAUGGCUAGUGUUUUUUACAUGAAGCUUUUUCUCAUUUGGGAGUGCUGAUGAUUGCACAUGUAGCAGCAAAUGUCUUUUAAACAAAAUAAACAACUACAAUAAGAAGUGAUCUCAGUGCUUCUCCCCGUCCCCCUCCAGCGCCCCCCCCCCAGUUCACUUUAAAGUUGGAAUUUACCAGUGUUUGGGUAACCACUCCAGGUAAUUCUGGGCAAAAAUCUGGGGUGUAUCAGGGGUGUUUUGAGUACUCAGAAGUGAUAAUUUUUAUCACUUGUUGAGAUAAUUCAGAAUCCUUGGAUAUUUUUUUUAAAAGAUCUAUGAAUAACUUCAUAUAAAAAAUAAUGAAAUAACUUUUACUUAAAGCUCAUUCGAUUUGUUAAUUAUGCCCAAAGGAAAGUGUUUUUUAAAGGAAUGUGUAGAGAGAAAGACAGUUGUGAAGUGAAAUGGAUACUACAUCUUUAAACGUUAUUUUUACAUUGCCUGUGUAUGUGUAUGAAACAAAACCAUUUAAAGUGUACCUGUGUACAUAACUCUGUAAAGACACUGAGAAAUUAUACUAACUUAUUUAUGUUAAAAAGAGAUUUUCUUUUUAAUCUAGACAAUAUACAAGCCAAAGUGGCAUGUGCAUUUGUAAAUGCUGUGUUGGGUAGAAUAGUUUUCCCCCUUCUGUUAAAUAAUAUGGCUAUGCUUAAAAGGUUGCAUACUGAGCCAAGUAUAAUUUUUUUGUAAUGUGUAAAAAAGAUGCCAAUUAUUGUUACACAUCAAGCAAUCAAUAAAUAAAACUUCCAUAGCUA